CAGCAGCAGUAGAAAAGCAGAAAACAGCUCCAGUAUGGCUGACAAUUUUAAUUUCAAUAUUUCGAACUUCUAGCUUGUAAGUGAAGUGUUCCAGGUGUACAACAGUGCCGCGGAUAGUUUCAAUUUCACAUCCGGUUCAUGUGAGUGUUAUUUGGAGAUGAUUCGGAAGAUUAAUUCAGUGGUUGUCUUGGUGGUCUCGUAGAAAAUAAUCGAUUUUAUCAUGGAAUCUUUUCUUCCCCCAACCCUUGGCAGAAAUUCGUCGAAAGUCCAACAACAAAAAAUAUCGAAAAAGAAUUCUGUUGGAAUAUAUAACUUUGGUUCCAUGUAACCGGUUGAUAUCGAAGUAUAUUCCUGGUUCAAGAGGUUUUUUUUAUGUUGCCAGUGUAUUGAACUGCCCUACCGGAAUUGUAAAUCCGGACGUGGUUUGUUAUUGAUCCGAAGCAAGAAAUUUGGCACCAUACCCUGAGAUUUCUGUGUUGCUCCUGUUAUCUAUUAUCCUAUACAAAACAAGGAAAUCCUGGCAAACGGAUGGAAUUUUCGGUGCAACAGCCCUACAACUCUAACGUUAUAUCACCGAGAGUCAUCGAGAUUCGACAGGGUUAACUGAUAUGAUGGAACCAACCGGAAUAGAACGAUUCAUACAAUUAUCAAACGGAAGACAAUAAACUAAAACAUAAUGGUUUGAGUCAUCCCCAUUACCAGUUUCGAAAAGCGAGACUGGUCUAUCAAUAGAGAACCGAUCACAACAUUGAAAAACUUGUCUAGCGCACGUUUUCUGCGGCCUCAAGAUGAUGUUUUCACAUUACAGAUAUUUUGAUUACAUCUAAAGCUGCAGUAAACAGUGGCAAUCUAAUGUGCCAACCGGCCGAGGCGUAACUGGUUUUGUGGUGUGCAUUGUGUGGAGAGGUAACGCACAUAAUCGCCUCAACGUUUGUGUGUGACGUUCUACUGUUGGUGCUCAAAAUCCAUUAACGAAACACCACCAUGAGUCAAAGGGCAUCCAGUGCACCUGCGAGUAAGCAGUCAGUGUCUUCUACUUCAGCUGUUCCAACCACAGCUAGUAAUUUGACUAGUUCGAUUCCAGCGACUGUGGCAUCGGUGGCAAAUAAAAGUAAUAAUUCAAGUGAUUCGAAGAAUGAAACCAAAGUAGUUCAUCAAUCGAAAUUCACUGAAAACGAUACAAACAAGGAUCGAUGCAAAUCAUCACCUACUGUACGAUCUUUAAACUUCGACGAUCUUGAGGUGAACAAAACAAGUCAGAGCACUGCGGAGGGCGCUAGUAAGAAAGUUUCCGAUCAAAAGGCUGUUAAGAGAGAUGAAACGCCAUGCACGAAACAAGUUGAUACAGCCAAAAGCAAAACUACAUCAAAACCGUCCAUACCUAAGAAGGAUCAAACAACUAGAACUACUGCUGCUAUGCCAUCAGUGAUAUCUCCAUCACUUGCUGUUUCUGCUAAUCCUGUAAUAGUAUCGGCAUCAAAACCACCACAUAGUAGUUCUGCGAAACAAGUUGAUCCAGAAAUGAAACCUCCUGGGAGCCCAUCAAAAUCCAGUAUGAAAAAGAUACAACCACAAUCAUCGGUUAAGAUUGAACCGCAACACCCGAAACCUUGUUUAUUGAAAUCGUCGUCUGUUCCGGCACCAUCAUCAGCUUUGAGUAAUGCUGCGGUCGAUUUACCGGCCAAAGCUUUACCUGGAACGCAUCCGAUUAGUGCACUGACGGCCCCGGUUAUAACCACUAUAGCGCCGUCUCCAACAUCUACUACGGCUCCGCCAGCUGCUGUUGUGCUGCGACCAUCAUCUGGAUCAGGAUUGCAGAAGUCAGCGUCCUAUAGAAAAUCAUCUUAUAAACCACAACAUUCCCACUCGCUUCGAUAUUCUGGUAGCGGAAGCGACAUUUCCAAUCUCGUUCGAGUUCGUAAUUCUACGCUUGGAAACUCUGCACCAACAUUAUCGAUUACUUCCAAAGAAGGAGGCUUUGGACAACGUCGAUCAACUUCUUCCUCGGCAGCAAGAAGUGGCGCUGUAGCUCGACAUCGGCUUAGUUUUGUGGCAAACAUUUCACCGCGAUCUCAUUCACCCAUUCCCGCUAGUCCAAUUGACAGUCCUCGAAUCAACUCGCCAAGCACAAUCCACUUCCCUUUUGUUCCUAUAAAAAGAAUAACCAACAAAAAUAGCGACAGCAGAAGAUGGUCUGUUGCUUCACUACCAAGCUCUGGUUACGUGACUACACCUGGAAGCUCCAAUAUUUCUUCGCAAUGCUCCAGUCAGGAAAAACUUCAUCAAUUUCCACCGGUUCCGACCAAUGAUGAUCUGCAUAUGCUGUCUCUACAUUUCUCGAGUAACGAUAGCAACCCAGGUUUGGAAGGCCGUAAUGUGUACCACCAUCAUCACCACCACCCGUUCUACCACCAGUUGCACCAACAUCACUCACAUGCUCAUAGCGGUAGCAGUGGAUUCAAUCCACCAGUAUCUCCGCAUGCUAUCCAUUUACAACACUCGACGCAUCAGCCGCUAAGUCUUCAAUCACAACCAACCCACUGCAACAGUCCUCAUUCAAUGAAAUCUGGAAGUAGCUGUAAGGAUGAAUUAAACAAUGUUUGCGGUUGUCGAUCCCCAAUUCAUCGUCCACGAUCCCGCAGCCUCAGUAGUCCUUCCCAUAGUCCGAUUACGGACAACGAAAUAUCCCUUAUGAAUACCUUCUAUAAAGAACGCUUUCCAAAAGCCACCCAACAGAUGGAAGAACGGUUAUCACAUUUCAUAAAUGAAAAUAAAAACAUCAUCAACGAUAGUGCUCGAAUCUCGCAACCGAUUAUGCGUUUUGUUCACCAUCAAGUACUGGAAAUGGCUCGCGAUUGUCUUCAUAAAUCGCACGCAAAACUCAUCACAUCACGUUACUUUUAUGAAAUGAACGAGAACCUGGAACGUCUUCUUAUGGAAACAAAAGAAAAAUCACCGGAAGCUACCCCGGAGAUAACAGCGGUCAUAAAGAAACUGUUACUGAUAAUCUCCCGCCCGGCGAGACUGUUGGAAUGUCUUGAAUUCGAUCCGGAAGAGUUCUAUCGAUUACUUGAGGUAGCCGAGGGACAGGCAAAGGUUACCCAAGGCAUUAAGGCAGACAUUCCGCAGUAUAUCAUUACCAAACUCGGACUGAACCGAGAUCCUAUGGCAGAGUUGCAAGAAGAGCUGAUGGAAUCGGUUUCAUUAAACUCAUCUCUAGACACCACCAAUUGUGGUGGUGAUUCCUCGGAUAAUAAUAACUCAUACAUUUCUCCCAAUCAGUCACUUUUGGGAGAAAGGCGCAGUGGUUCUCUAACAUGCAGCACUCCAAAGGGUGCAGGAUCGCUUAACAAUAGCACUGUCAGUACUAUUAAUCAAAACCAGUCCAAUAACAACAAUACGAGUAUAGGUUCUAACACAAGUGGCAUGGCAGCGAAUAACAGUAAAACUCUGAAAGCCCGCAUGACUAGCACAGUGCCGAACGAAAAGGACUACGAUAUUCUGAAGUUGAUUUCUAACGGGGCCUACGGAGCAGUUUACUUAGUCAAGCACAAGCAAACUCGACAAAGAUUCGCCAUGAAAAAAAUCAACAAAAAUAGUUUGAUGUUACGAAACCAAGUGGAGCAGGUGUUCGCCGAGCGGGAUAUUCUGAGUUUCGCGGAUAACCCUUUUGUCGUCAGCAUGUACUGUUCGUUUGAAACUAAAAAGCAUCUUUGUUUAGUGAUGGAAUACGUAGAGGGUGGAGAUUGCGCCACUUUGUUGAAGAAUAUCGGCCCAUUGCCAUUUGAUAUGGCGAGAUUUUAUUUUGCCGAAACAGUACUGGCUGUGGAAUAUUUACACAGUUAUGGGAUCGUUCAUCGAGAUUUAAAGCCUGACAAUCUUUUAAUCACGGCUCUAGGGCAUAUCAAGUUGACUGAUUUUGGGUUGUCUAAGAUGGGUUUAAUGUCGCUAGCAACCAAUUUGUACGAAGGAUAUUUGGAUAGUGAAACAAGACAAUUUUCGGAUAAGCAGGUUUUCGGAACUCCUGAGUAUAUUGCUCCGGAAGUAAUUUUGCGACAGGGUUACGGAAAACCCGUGGAUUGGUGGUCCAUGGGAAUUAUAUUAUAUGAAUUUCUUAUUGGCUGUGUUCCGUUUUUCGGGGAGACUCCAGAAGAGCUGUUCGCACACACGGUCAAUGAUGAUAUAGAAUGGCCGGAUAAUGAUGAUUGGCCCAUUCCGGACGAGGUGAAAGAUUUGAUUUCAGCGUUACUGCAACAUCUGCCAAGAGAUCGACUGGGAACGGGUGGUGCACAUGAAGUGAAGGAGCAUUUCUACUUCUAUGGCUUAGAUUGGAACAAUUUAUUGCGACAGAAAGCUGAGUUUGUACCUCAACUAGACAACGAAGAAGAUACAAGUUACUUUGAUACGCGGGUCGAUCGGUACAAUCAUGAUAUAUGUGAUGAUGAUACGGAUGACAUGGAAGACUCACCGCUUUUUGGUUCAUUCAACUCCUAUUCGCCACAAUAUAGGAAACAGCAUAGUAUUCCAUCGGUACAAAAUACAUCGGCUUUAGCAGCUCAACUACAGGAAUCGCUUGCAGCUCCCCUACCGAGUGCACUUCCUAUUUCAUCGUUGGCAAAAGAGAAAUCACAGCUACCGUCUCUAUUCGAAGAUGGAUUUGAUAUCACUAAACCGAAGCCCAUUCCAGACGUCAGCAAACUUAUCAUCACUCCGGAUCUGCGUAAGUUUAAUACCAAUCCAUCUAGAUACAAGAUGCCAUCAACUCCUGAUUUGGAAUAUUUACCAGAACUGGCAACUCCUGAUCGUGAAGAUUUCAUAAGUCAUCUUAAUCUACGGCCUCAACAUCUUCAGCAGCCGCCAUUGGCCACAACUCCAGAAACUCCAGAAACUAAUAAACGUUUCAGUGAUUUUUACCCGCUGUCAUCACUAAAACAGCUCUCGACACCGGAAUCUUCGCAAACUGACAGUGACGACGUGUCGCCACAAAUUCAACGGAAACGACGAACAGUUCACAAUCGUGGGAUUCUACCCAAAUUUUCUAUUUCCAUAGAAGACGAUCAGAGCGGUCACGAAACAUCUUCAUCGACACCCUCCCAAGUAGUUAACACAUCACCAUCAAGCUCAUUGAACAAUUUGAACAACAAUGCUCGCCAUAUCGUUAAAAGCGCUUCAGCACUGGGAUUGUCUUUAAUGGCCGCCUCAUCAGACGACUCUUCAACGGCUAUUAUCGCGGGACCUAGCGGAAUAAGCGGAAUCAUGGGAGGUGGUGUUGGACUUCAUAAUGCUACUACUACUGCUUCAAACUUGUCUUCAUCAUCUGGUUGUAGUACCGGAAUGGCCUCAACUAUGCAUUCCGCAGGCAACUGCUCCAGUACUGCUAGUUCACGUGACACUUCGCCAUGUCGGGAGUUGAGUCCUCUAGUCACUAAUCUUAAGCCGCCGAUGAUUAUACGACGUGGACCCCGUGGUUUUGGCUUUACCGUUCACACAAUUCGAGUUUAUUACGGUGAUACAGAUUUUUAUACAAUGCAUCAUUUAGUGAUGGCCGUUGACGAAGGAAGUCCUGCUUUUGAAGCCGGUUUGAGGCCUGCCGAUUUGAUAACUCAUGUGAAUGGAGAAGCUGUGCAAGGUUUAUACCAUACACAGGUAUUACAGCUUCUUUUGGGUGGUGCUGAGCUUGUUAGCUUAAGAGCAACUCCUUUGGAACAUACCAGUAUUCAGAGUGGAGGUCGUAAGCGAGAACCGUGGCAGAGCAAAUUUGCAAAAAAGAGUACACAUAGUCGAAGAAAGCAGAAAAAAGAUAACGAAAAGAAAAGAAAAACGUCCUUAUUUAGACGCAUCAGUAGUAAACGAGCAAGUGCCGAAAUGCAACAAAUGGUAGCAGGCAUCCAAUCGCCCACAUCAGUACCACCUAGUCGAAGUUUCCAGUCGUUUGCGCGGCUUCAAGGUAGUCAACCAAAUUUGGCAACAACCGCAAAUACUCAGUUAAAUGCUAUUCAAGCGGUUCCAUCAACCUCGUUGACGGCAUCCCCUGUUAAUAGGCUUAGUCUAUCGCCGUUGAAUACGAUCAGCGCUUAUCAAUCGUCACCUUCAUCAUCGCCUAGCACUUCAGCUCCCAGUACUCCAACAGGUACUCUCACAUACAACGACGGAGCCCCUCUCUAUCAACGGCCAUCGACUUUGCAUGUUUUGAAGCAUAAGCUCCAUUCUUCGCCAUGUGCUGCUAGUAAUAAAGCUCUACACUCGGCAACAACAGCCGCCGGUCGGCCAAAUCGACGAAAAUCUGCCGAUCACAUGCCGUUGUCUCCACUAGCACGAACACCUAGUCCUUCGCCACUUCCAGCUUCACCAACGCGUUCCUCCAGUCCGUUAGCAUUUCCCGUGGUCCAUCCGCAUGGUUCAUCCAAUACAACACAGUCGUACAGUCCUGGGGUUCUACCGAAUGCUUCCAGUUCAUCAACGCAAUCUGGUGUUCCAGGCAUCGUAGCCAUAACUGGAUCGCCAACACCACCGGCAAAGAAAAGUUUUCCUCGAGCCAAAACUGCUGAACCAAGUUCUCCUCUACUUCGGCGAGCACUUUCUCCUGAUAGAUUACACCCCAGAAGCGCAGCUGAGAGCAAAUGUGUCCUUUCUCCAUUGUGUUGCAACACGCCACUUAAAACCCCUCAAGUACCCGGCGUUUGGCGUUCUAAUCAGAAUUCAACAAUCAUUACUGCUACGCCACCGUCGGUAAAUUCCGGCGCAGCACCUCCUGUUACAGUAGCACCAUCAUCAGCAACUGCGCAACCUCUCUCGAUGGUGUCAUCUUCUUCUUCAGACAUUCAAACAGCUGCAACAUCCUCAUCGAUAACAGCGUGGUCCAAUACUGGUCCUACCAACACAGUCGCUUCAAAAUUGUCCACCACAUCAGCACCGCUUACAACGGCCACCACAACAACCACAACAGCUUCGGCAGCAUCUAAGUCAUCAGCGAUUUCAGCGUUAUCCAGUUUCGGCACCAGUGGCAACACCAUGAACAAUAAAAAUAAUCAACCAGCGCUUACAAAAAUGGUCGAUAAAAUGAGUAUUAAAGAGAGUUCAGCAAAAAAAUAGAUCAAGCAAUCGGCGUUGUUGAGCAAUGACAUAGCAUUUGUCAUUUAGAGAACUGUUUUCUCCUUACAUUCAGCUGUUCUACAUUAGUUUUGUUUUCAAUUAGUUUUUUUUAAAUUUUUAAAUGCGUAUGAACGCAAUAAAUCAGAUUUAUCAUAUUUAUUUUAGUAUCCGUGUUUAUAGAAAACAGUCGAAAGCAUUCACAAUUUUUUUUGCGUUUGCACUGGUGUUGAAGAAAAUAGAUUCAAAUGAAACUAAGCAGCAAGAUAUCAACGUUCUUUAGAUAGAUAAUAGCACCUGCCGAUGUUAUAGCUGAGAUAUUGAAAAAUUUGAUAGUAAAUCAAAAUUUAUAAAUGAAUAUGCAAACCCGUUGUCGAGAGGAAAGCGACCAUUAGACACACGUAGUUUGAUAUAGAUCUUUCUCUGCAUGGUGUUGCACUAGAAAAUGAAGGUCAGAUACAUGUUUUUUUUUCAUCUACGAAAAUCAAUCCAUUUUGGUACGAAAAUAGAUUGAUUUACCUUCUCCGAAGACACGGUUCAACUAUCGAGUUUAACAGUAAAAUUAUUUUAAGCGUUUAGGAAAAACGAAAGUAUGCAGUAAGGGAAACAAAUAAAGAAAGGAUUUAAAUUUGUGUGAUAUUUUGAAAAUAAUGUAUGUAAAUUUUAAGUUGUAAGAUGUAUGAUUACAGGUUACAGAUUAGAACUAGGCUUAUAGAAACGAAACAAAAAAUACUGUUGGUCAAUAAGACUAUGAAUAACAAUACAAUUGAAACAGCAAGUUGUCGAGAAUUGCUUUCAUUAUGCCUGUCAUCUUUGCCUGUAAAACAAAUUAAUUUAAAAGAUUAAACCGAUGCCGAAAGGAAGAAAGGAGGAUAUCUGCUUCUUCAUCCCCAUUAAAAAAAAUCUGCAUCUUCAUUAUUGUUAUUUUACCCAAAUUUAAAAAUGUAUGUUGUAUAGAUUUGAAGAAAUAAUGAAAAGCUUGCCGUUUUUCUACAAUCAUGACAUUUUUUUUAAACUGAACAAACUCUGCAAAAAAAAAAGUAAAAUUUUGAUUUUUAAUAGUUAUUCAAAAAUCGGUAAGUGUUAAUUUGCAUUUUUUUUUAAUUAUUCGUAACUUAUCGCCUUUUGAACGCCUCAUAAAAAUAUUCUCAGAAGUAUGAACAACCGGAUAGACAAGAGCAAAUGUCGAAAAUUGGUGCUGUGCGGAGAUAACACGAAAUAAAACAACAAUACAGCAAUAAUAAAUCUAUACAACAAGAAACACCAAAAGGUACUCCCCCACCACAGAGCUCCACCUCAACCCCGCAAAGCCACAACAGAUUCCGCUGGGAAACCUUUACGGAAAACCACAAUCAUCCUUUUGGCUCAAUUCCGAACCUUUUGCUAGAGCACCAUUCUUCCUUCACCAUCAAACACAAUUCACAUCCUUGAUUUAUGGGGGAAAGUGGUUGUGGGUAUGUGAAGUUGUACCAGUAACGGUAAAAAUUUGAAACAAACAUUAGAAACGACACUUUUCCGAUUAGGGGUUUCUACCCUUCUUUCAUCUAGUUCGGAAAGUUGAACUCGAAUGGGGUGUAUGAUUUGGUAAAGGGUUGGAGGUUAAGGAAGAAGAGACGAACCCAUUCAUCAUCACACGUUAGAUAGCUGCUCACGGAUUCGCUCGAAAAAUUAUGCAAAUAACUCAGCAAAAAGGGAAGCAUAAAUUUAUUUCGGCAAAUACUGCGAGAUUCCUUUUUCUGUUCAAAACUAAGCAUCUAUUGCUGCGAGAAAGUAAACGCUAUUUGCAUAAAUGCUUACAUGGCGUGAGUUUUUGAUUAUGAUUACUAAUUUUUGUAACCGUAAAUUGAACAUUCCAGCCUAAUUGAUAACAUCCUAAAAGCAACCCCAAGGGUGAAGUUCUAAAAAUCUCAAAAAUGUCAACUACGAACGUAAAACAUCUUUAGCAGUACAACUUCCUUUCUUUCUGUUGUUCAUCGUUGAGCUAUUGCAUCUUAAAAAAGAAACAAACGUUUUAUCGUAACAUAACAAUGAUUUCAUUUCAUGGUUUAAAAAGGCAGAAGUUUACCUUGCUUUCUCAACAAAAGUUAGCGCUGUGAAAUAUUAAAAAUAAGCAAAAAAUAAAUAAAAAUAAAAAUAAUGCUUGAUCAUAAAAAGUUUGAAAGUUCUAAUAUUUGUUCCAUAAUUGUAAAUUAAGACAGUGAGAUGUACAUUUUUGUUCACAUAAUUUUCUAUGCUCAGAAAUAAUAGAUCUAUAUUGAUGUUGUUCAUCAUCACCAAUAAGUUAAAAAAAGCGCACCCAUCCUGUAGACUUCGUUGCCUAUCUGUCUUAGUCUAAAUAAAGGAUUAAAUACGAAAAAUUUAAUACUUGAACUUCCUCUAUUAUCCCUUACAAUGCAACAUUUAGACGCAAUUAAGUGUGGUAGAGAGCUAUAACAGAAAACAACUUAGGUGGAGGUUUAAGUCGUUGCCAGAAUCAUCGAAUCGAAUUGUAAAAAUUGAAAGCGACCUAGAGAGGCCCCAAAAGCAUGUCACACCAGGCUGAGAACUAAACAGAUAGAGAGAAAAAUACGCAGAUUACCAUAUUCACCGAUUCAAACUAAUCCAUGUUGCUAACACUGCAGUGUAAUAAAAGAUUAAUGAACUUAAAUAAUUACAAUUGAAUCUAGCGUAAUAAAGAUAAAUAUAACACACGAUGAGGAGAAAUAAAUCAAAGUAGACCGAGAUCAGGAAUGAUAAAUGUUGAAAUAAACAGACGAAGAAAACUUGUUCGAAAUGAAAAUAUAAAACGUUCAAAUGCAUAGAA